AUGGCUACCCCUAGGGUCCUAGCUUUUGACGCUGAGGGUUGCGCCAUUGACUUUGAGGUCUGGGUCGACGACCUGCAGCUGUUCUUACAGUGCGAUAGGGCAGACGGUCUUUCUCUCUUUGACCUCACCUCUGGCGCCGUCCCCGCCCCUGCUGCUGAUGCUGACCCCACUGUUCGCUCCCAGUGGGCCACACGCGAUGCUGCUGCACGUCUUGCUGUGCGUCGCCACCUGCCUACCGCUGAGCGCGCGCACUUUAGUCAGUACAAGAGUGCUCAGACCUUGGACCACUUCCUCUUAGUCUGUCCCACCACUCUCACUGUAGACCUCCUCGAGAAGUCCCUCCUAGCGGCAAAGAAGAGCAUAGUCGCUGUAGGGGCCUCUCGUGGUGACCCGCGCACCCCCAUCUUUGAGGGGUGUUCUCCUCCCCCCCUGUUGCCCUCUGUCGACUCUGCCGCUGCGGCCGACCUUGUUGGUCUUGAGUCGGUCGGUGCGGCGUCCGCCCCUAGCGGGAGACGCCGCCCUGGCAAGGGCAAGGGGGGCAAGGGCGCGGGUGGAGCUAGCGGGGGCGGUGGAGGUGGAGGUGGCGGUGGCGGAGGGAGUGGGGGUGGCGGUGGAGGUGGUGGAGGGGGUGGAGGUGCUAGUGGCGGCAGUGGAGGCGGAGGCGGCGGUGGCGGCGGCGUUACUGGCGGGGGCGGCGGUGGUGGUGGAGGCGGAGGCGGCGGAGGUGGAGGUGGUGGAGGUGGUCGGAGUGGCGCUUCGCAGCGGAGCAGCACUGGGGGUGGUUAG